AUGCUACAUCAACAACAUUCACGUUUAUCGAAUAGUGACGAUGAUUCAGGUUGUGCUCUGGAAGAAUAUGCCUGGUGUCCCCCUGGCCUCAAAGCAGAACAAGUUCGACAAUUUUUCAAAUGUUUUCCUGAGGACAAAGUUCCAUUUCUUAAUUCGAUUGGAGAGAAAUAUCGAACGCGAAUGCUUGAAGAACAAUUACCCCCUCAUGAUUCAGAUCCAAAAUAUUGUCGUGUAUUAAAUGAAGAUGAAAAAAACGAAUUGAGAAUAUUCAAUGAACAACAACGACAUAAUGCACUUGGUCGUGGUUCAGCAAGACAAUUACCAUUAACACAAUCGCCUAUGCCAUGUCGUGGAUGUCAAAAACUGAUUGAUUCAGGUUCGAUAUGUGUAUUUGCCGAGCGAGCCGGUCGUACUGGUCUUUGGCAUCCUCAAUGUUUUACUUGUACUCAAUGUAAAGAAUUCCUCGUUAAUCUAAUCUAUUUCCACAAAGACGGUCAACUUUAUUGCGGUCGACAUCAUGCUGAACUGUACAAACCACGAUGUACAGCAUGUGAUGAGAUUAUCUUCAGUGAUGAAUGCACGGAAGCUGAAGGUUACAGUUGGCAUAUGGAUCAUUUUUGUUGUUCGAAUUGUAAGAAGCGCUUGGGUGGAGAUCGUUAUGUAAUGCGUCAAAGUCAACCCUUUUGUUUGAAUUGCUUUGAAACCAUGUAUGCAGAAUAUUGUGACACAUGCGGUGAACGCAUUGAAACUGACCAACCUCAAAUGGCACACGAGUCCCAACACUGGCAUGCAACGGACGCAUGUUUUUAUUGCUAUACAUGUCGAAUUCCACUUCAUAAUCGUGGCUUUUUCCCACGUUACGGAGCAUUGUUUUGUUCCAAUGAAUGUGCAUCCCAACGAAACAACCGUUCGAUCAAUUCGAAACUACUCCAACAGAGCAAAUAUCAACAAGGUCCUGAUAUUAUUCCCACGUCAUAUACACAUACAAAUCAACAUGUACGAGUUCUUCCUCCUCGUCCAAAACUUCCAUCUCAUCAGCAACCGCCUCGACGAGUCAAAGAUCAAACAGGCUACGUCUCCGAUGGUGCUGGUAUGCAAAAGUCCAAACGUGACUAUACGAGUGGUUAUAUGUCUGAUGGCACAGGCAGCCGUCGUUACAAUCGCCAUCAACAACCACAAGUGUUUCUUCAAUAUCAAACAUCGCCUCCGAACGCGUCACAUCAUCAACAACAGAUCAAUAUCACGCGCAGUCGUUCACGUGAACCAAUUCAAUUCUAUAAUGACUUAAAUCUUGAACAACUUGAUCGACACGGUGCUACCUUAGAAAUAGCUCGAUGUUCCACAUCGAAAUCGUCACGCGCAUCGCUACCCGAUCUAAGUAACAAAUCUGUCUCGAAACCAAAAACGAAAGUCUAUCCAACCAUAUCCCAAGAAACAUUAAUCGAUCAGCCAAGUCGAGUAAAGAACUUCGAUUCCAACGAAAUCAUGUAUCCUAUUUCUCGACCAAAAUUGAGUACGACGACACAAUUUCCGCGUUCGCGUUCAUUGAACGGCUCAGCACGUUUCACCAAACAACAUCAUGUACGAUUUGUUGAUGAUGAAAAGGACAAAACAUACAAACGCUCACCAACAAUGAGUUAUCGAUCGAAGAAAAAUGCUUCGUCAAUACGUCGUUCAUCUUCAUCAUCAUCAUCCGACGAUGACGACGAUGAAGAAGAUGAUUUGAAUUCAAUUUAUUACCAAUACGACAUCCACGGUAAUCGUCUACGAAAGCCGAUUAACUACGGAACAAAAAUUAGUUAUGUGGAUGAAUGUGGUCUUGGAGUGAAUACAAUCAAUCCAUCGUUAAUGAAGAAAUCAAUGACAUUGAAUAAAAAGGACAAGAAAAGUAGUGGAGGACGAAGGAAGAAAGAUUGUAUUAUUAGUUAA